AUGGAGCGCAAGUUGGCAGACCGUCGGUCCAACUUCAAAAAGAACUUCGAAGAUCCCCGCCGCAAAAGAGAGGAUCUCCAGCUGCAAAUCCGCAAGACGCACCGCGAGCAGAACUUGGCGAAAAAGCGUGCGGAGGCGCUGGACUCGCAAGAUGGCGGCGCGUUGGCGGGUCAGGGCGGCGGGGCGAUCUUCGGCAUGGGCGGCCUGGGGGACGGCGGAAUGGGCGUGACGGGGCAGCAGGCGCAGGAGAACGCCUUUAAGUUUGAGCACCUCCCGCAGAUGAUGGCGAUGCUGUCCAGCGGAGACCCCACGCAGGAGUUCGAAGCGACUGAGCAGUUCAGACGCGCCCUCAGCAUCGAGUCGCGGCCGCCGAUUCAGGAGGUCAUUGAGGCAGGCGCGGUUCCUCUCUUCGUUAAGUUCCUCCAGCGCAAAGACCAGCCGCGUCUGCAGUUCGAGGCCGCGUGGGCGCUCACCAACAUUGCCUCCGGCACUCAGGAGCAAACUCAGGUCGUGAUUCAGCAUGGAGCCAUCCCGAUCUUCGUCGAGCUGCUGAGCUCGCCCGCGGAGGACGUGCGCGAACAGGCUGUCUGGGCUCUAGGCAACAUCGCGGGCGACUCUCCGCAGUGUAGAGACCUCGUGUUGCAAGCAGGCGUUCUGUCUCCCCUCCUUGCGCAGUUGAAUGACCCCGAGGCGAAGUUCACGAUGCAACGGAAUGCCACCUGGACGCUGUCCAACUUGUGCCGAGGAAAGCCGCAGCCGCCGUUCGAGUGGGUUCAGCCCGCGCUGACGACGCUGGCGAAGCUGAUUUACUCAACCGACGCGGAGGUCUUGACGGACGCCUGCUGGGCGCUAUCGUACAUUUCCGAUGGCCCAAAUGACCGUAUUGAAGCCGUCAUCGAAGCGGGCGUGAGCCGUCGCCUCGUUGAGCUCCUCGGUCACAAGUCGUCGUUGGUGCAGACUCCUGCGCUACGGACCGUCGGCAACAUUGUCACAGGUAACGAUCGCCAGACGCAGAUGGUGAUCCUCUGCGGCGCCGUGCCCGCGCUGCUCAAGCUUCUCUCGUCGCCCAAGAAGGCCAUUCGAAAGGAGGCGUGCUGGACCAUCUCCAACAUCACUGCAGGAAACCGAGACCAGAUUCAACAGGUCAUCGACGCUGGAUUGAUUCAUCCUCUGAUCGAGCUGCUGAGUACAGCAGACUUCGACGUGCGGAAGGAGGCGGCGUGGGCGAUUAGCAACGCGGCGUCGGGGGGGAGCAACGUUCAAGUCGAGGCACUCGUCGAGUGCGGCUGCAUCAAGCCGCUCUGCAACCUCUUGGCCGUUCAGGACAGCAAAAUCGUCUCUGUCGCCCUCGAGGCGCUAGAAAACAUCCUCCGCGUCGGCAAGGUCAAGAAGGAGCAACUGCAGCUUGCAGAGAACCCGUUCUGCCAGCUGAUUGAACAAGCCGAUGGAGUCACCAUCAUCGAAAAACUUCAAGACGCGGCCAACCAGGACAUCUACGAAAAGGCGUGGAGAAUCAUCUGCAACUACUUCUCCUUCGAAGAAGCGGAUGUCGAUGACGUGGAUGUAGACGCCGGUGCGGGCGCGGGCAUGGCGGCGGAGGCCGGUCAGAUGAGCGCCUUCGGCGCCUCAGCGCCUCAGGGCGGCUUCAACUUCGGCCAGUAA